UUGCGUCAUCUAGAGAAAUCCUUGUUGCAGGCGCUUAACGAUUCGAAGGGUCGUAUAUUGGACGACGAUCACGUUAUUACGACACUGGAAACAUUAAAGCAUGAAGCUGCCGAAGUCAAUCGCAAGGUUCUCGAAACGGAAACGAUUAUUGCUGAGGUAGAAAAGACCUCACAGCAGUACACGCCAUUCGCCAACUACUGCGCGUCCGUUUACUUUGCGCUCGAACAGUUGAAUCAGAUUCAUUUUCUUUACCAGUAUUCGUUAAAAUUUUUCCUCGAAAUAUUUGCGUCCGUUUUAAACAACAACCCUCAUUUAACGGGUGUGACAGAUUACGCUAAGAGACUGUCCAUUAUCACAGACGAUAUGUUUCAGGUGGCCUACAACCGAGUCGCUCGAGGACUGCUUCAUGAAGAUCGUCUGACUUUCGCGAUUCUGCUUUGCAGAAUCUAUUUGAAGGGAAUGAAAGACGAGCCGUCUUAUGAUGACGAGUUCAACCAGUUGUUGUUUAUUGGCAAGUCCAUUGGCGCCAGUGCUCAGUUAGGGACCGUGGAACCGAUUGCUAACCUUUCUAGAGAACAAGUGGAAAAUCUGACUCGUUUGAGCAUGCUUCCGGCGUUCUCGAACUUCAGAAAUCUCAUUGGCGAUUCAGACAAAUUUUCAAAGUGGCUGACGUCCCGUGAUCCAGAAACAAACGUUGCGGUGAUCUGGGAAGAAAAGCAGCCUUUAUCAAAGAUCGCUAAAACGCUCUAUGCCCUUCUGGUCAUCCAUGCUCUCAGACCUGACCGAUUACUGGCAGCUGGUCAUAUGUUCGUCAAGGCAGUUUUGGGCGAUAAUUUUAUGUCAGAAAGCGAGAAAGUUUUUGAUUUUGGCAAACUCGUCGAAACAGAGGUCAGUAGUCAGACACCAGUUCUGCUGUGUUCGGCACCGGGUUACGACGCUAGUGGGCGUGUUAGCGACUUGGCUGUAGAACUGUCGAAAGGAAUUACGCCUAUCGCAAUCGGUUCUGCAGAAGGGUUUUCCCUUGCGGAAAAUGCCAUCAACGCCGCGUCGAAAUCCGGACGCUGGGUUCUGCUGAAAAACGUCCACCUCGCUCCUCAAUGGCUUGUUCAAUUAGAAAAGAAGUUACACUCCCUCAACCCUCAUCCAAACUUUAGGCUGUUUCUAACCAUGGAAAUUCACCCGAAGCUACCCGUCAAUCUACUUCGAGCCGGUCGCAUCAUCGUCUAUGAACCACCGCCUGGAAUAAAGGCCAAUUUAUUAAGAACUUUCAGCACCGUUUCGGCGCAGAAGAUGAGCAAGGUGCCAGCUGAACGAGGAAGACUUUAUUUCUUAUUGGCAUGGCUUCACGCAAUCGUUCAAGAGCGACUGACCUACACCCCUCUCGGUUGGUCUAAGCGAUACGAAUUCUCAGAAGCUGAUCUUCGCGUUGCUUUCGACACUUUCGAUACGUGGAUAGAAGUCGCUGCGUUGGGUCGUUCCAACCUACCAUCGGACAAAGUGCCAUGGGAAGCCCUGCAGGUUCUGCUCUCCCAAUGUAUUUAUGGUGGUCGGAUCGACAAUGAUUUUGAUCAGAAACUUCUCGAAUGCUUUAUCAAAAAGCUGUUCGUCAGUAACAGCUUCAAUCUUGAUUUCGCUUUGACGGACAGCAUUGACGAAGAAGGAAGAAAAAUAAUUAUGCCUGAAGGCGUACGACGCGAGCAGUACAUUGAGUGGGUCGAUUCCAUUCAAUACCUGCAAUCGCCAUCUUGGCUCGGGCUGCCGAACAAUGCUGAAACCGUCCUCCUCACCACUAGAGGGCAAACUAUGGUCCGGAAGUUGCUGAAAUUGAGCGACCAGGACGACGAGCUAGCGUAUAAUCCUAAAGCCACUGAAUUGACAUCGACAGAUCGACCACAAUGGAUGUCGCAGAUAAGAGACGUGGCAGAAGGAUGGCUUAAGUUGUUCCCACUGAAACUGUUGACCCUCAAAAGGUCUACGGAGAAUAUCAAGGAUCCGCUAUAUCGGUUUUUCGAACGAGAGCUUAAUCUGGCUAGCCGAUUCCUUGCUGAACUACGUCACGAUUUAGAAGAUCUAAUUUUAAUCUGCAAAGGUCAAAAGAAACAGACGAAUCACCAUCGCAUGCUGUUUUCACAUUUGAAUAAAGGUCUGGUGCCCGAAAACUGGCGAGUUUACAACGUUCCAUCAGGAACAACCGUUUCUUUAUGGAUAAAUGAUUUCGCACAGCGAAUCAAACAGUUUGAAGCAGUGUAUGGGUCAUUCAUGGCUGACCAGUCACGAGCUUUAAAGAAAUUCUAUGUAUGGCUUGGUGGUCUGUUCACUCCUGAGGCCUAUAUCACUGCCACGCGGCAGUACGUCGCUCAGGCAAAUGCGUGGUCUUUGGAAGAGUUGGUUCUUGAGGUGCAGGAAGCAGAAGAUUUCAGCGAACUUAAAAUGGACGAAUGCAGCUUCGGCGUUACAGGUCUGAAAAUUAUGGGUGCAAAGUGUUCAGCUGGCACUAAAUUGGUUAUCUCUGAUGACAUUUGGUCUAACCUCAAAGCAGUUCAGCUGCGGUGGAUUCACGUGCCCGGUGGAGAUGUGAAAAAGCCAGACGCCAUCACGCUACCCGUUUAUUUGCACUCGAACCGAAGCUGUCUUCUGUUCACCUUGGAUUUUAAAGUGGACAGCUGCGUUUCUCCGUCCGUCUUUUAUGAACAUGGUGUGGCGAUAUUUUGUAACACCACCCUUGAAUGA